AUGCCUCUCACCGUGCUCUCCCGAUCCCAGCUCCGCGAUCUGCUCCACGCACUCUCCCGCGACGAGAUCGUGAGCCUGCAACGCAAUCUUGCAGAAGCUCUGCGGGAAUACUCCAGCGGAUCCCAAGAUAAGGGUUGUUCAGCAGCGUUUCAACCUCAGCGAACUGCUAUCACUCGUCAAAAUGGCUGCACUACCCUGUUCAUGCCCGCCAGCACGGGUCAGACAAUCGGUAUCAAGAUGAUUUCCCUGCAGGACGGGGGCGAUGCCGGUUGUGCCGUUGAACGUGACACAGUCAGUCUUCAAGAGAAGGAACAGGUUGCCUCACGGAGGCGGGGCUCGUUCCGAAACUCGGUGGCUUCUUUAUCUUCCGAUCUGAGCGAUCUGUCUGUGGGCUCGGAUGACAAGGACGACAAGGACGACCAGGACGAGAGUAGCUCAGUCGCUCCAUCAACCACCACUGGCAGCUCAAGCACAGACAGCUCGACCCUUCUCACGGGCUGCGUGAACCAGCAGAAUGUUACCUCGAACAUCUCUAAAACUCUUGGCGCGUGGCCGGGCGCAGGAACUCGUGACACAUCGCCCCGCGGAAGUGUAACCCUUCUCGAUGGCGAGAGUCUGCCUUUUGCACUGAUCAAUGCCCAUGAGCUAACGGCCUUCCGCACGGCCUUGGCGUCGUUGAUGAUGUUCAACAAGCGCAAGAAGGUGCGCACUCUGCUCGUCUUCGGCGCCGGCACGCAGGCUUACUGGCACAUCCGUCUGGCGCUAGUGCUCCGCGGCGAAGAUAUCCGCCGAGUGUACAUCGUGAACCGAUCAUUCGAUCGAGCUGCCAAGCUUUUGCGUGACAUUUACCUUCCCGAAAACACCGAAUGGCGCCGGGAUGUCAAGUUCUCGGCCGUCAGCACCGAUUUCGGCGAGUACAGCCGUAUUCUGAAAGAACACGUUCGUAAGGCCGACGCCAUCUUCUGCUGUACUCCGUCUCCAGAGCCACUGUUCCCGGCCGAAUAUCUUACCUCUGGCGAAGGCCGGCAAAAGGGCCGUCUGAUUUGUGCGAUUGGAUCCUACAAGGCCCACAUGGCUGAAAUCCAUCCGGAUAUUUUGCGAGACGAGGUUGCUGUCCAGCCUCCUCAUCGCCACUGGCAUAAGCACGUCCACCGCAGUGGUGUGAUUGUCGUGGACAGUCUAGACGCGGCCCUCAAAGAAGCCGGCGAGAUCAUCCAAGCGGGGAUCAAGCCGAAGCAGGUUGUGGAGCUCGGUGAACUCCUGAUGGUGCGCGACGCUCAACGAAACGAGGAGACUGUGGAUGAGGAGAAGAGCCUCCGCGAAUGGUCUCAGCGCGGCAAUGUCAUCUACAAAUCCGUUGGGCUGGGCCUGAUGGAUCUUGUUACUGGCGGUGAUUUGGUGCGCUUGGCGCGGGAGCGGAAGCUUGGGACCACAGUGGAGGACUUUUAA